AUGGACCCCCAGAAACAGCUUCAGGCACUCUCAGAUGAGUUCCAAGGACUCCAGACUGAACUCGAGGGUUUGGUAGACGCACGCCAGAAGCUUGAAUCGCAGCAGCAAGAGAACGAAGGCGUGCAAACCGAGUUUGCCGGCUUGGAUGAAGAAUCCAACAUCUACAAGCUUGUCGGCCCGGUGCUGCUGAAGCAGGAUAAGACUGAGGCGACCAUGGCCGUCAACAGUCGACUGGAGUUCAUUGAAAAGGAAAUCAAGCGAAUUGAAAGUGAGAUUGAUGCAACACAGGAGAAGAGCGAGAAAAAGCGCACAGAGAUCAUACAAUUGCAGAGCCAGGUUCCAGCCUCUGCAUAA